GGUAGUUGCUAACUCGUGUAAAACUGAAAAGAGAUUUAUACUGGCACUGUGCGCACCGAUGACAUAGAUAGCCUAGCACAAAGUUCAGCAAAUAUGAAAGAAGACAUACAGCGCGUCUUUCCUUCUGCAGCAACAAAGAAGUAGAGUGGGAUAGUUGUUGUUCGAUAAACUUUUCUCACUUUGCUCGAUAGAGACCCCUCCUGUAGAGAUGCUUACUAACUGAACUAGCUAGUGGCAGCAGCCUCAGUAACACGUCCCCUUGGAGACUGGCAGAGCAACACGUGAUGCGUCUACUUAUCAGGUUUAGGGAGAAGAGAGAGCUGCGCUGAGAGACUAACCGAGAGAGGAUAGCGAAAUAAGUGAGACUUCUCUCCUCCCGUUUCUCAACUCUUUACCUCCAUCAUCCUCAUUGGGAGAGCGGAAGAAAUAGUCAAAAUAUACAGUUUAAGAACUUAGGACAUCCUCAGAAACGCCAUUUUGAUUCCUCUCCGGAACAACUUUGCAGUUUUUUUUCUUAGUCCAUCAUCACCAUCAUCACCAUGUCUCGGCGCAAGCAGCCCAACCCCAACAAAGUCAAACUGUGAGCGCGUCGGUGCCGACGCCCAUGCUCCUCGGUCGCCCUCGCCCCUGAUCGAGAACCCGUCCGACCUUUUAGCCCCGUUCUCCGACUAGAAAUGGAAAGCGCCACAGACGAGCGGCCGAUGGAAGGGGUCAGCGCAGCGCUGGGCACGGAGCCAGCCGAGGAGACGGACGAGCUCGCCGCCGCGCGGGAGCCAGACGAGCGCACAGGUGAGGGGACGCGCGGGCCGGAGGAGGACGCCGGGGGCCGGGAGGACGCGACGCAGGGCGCGGACCUGUCCUCCAUCAACGCCAUGAUGUCCGCCGUCAUGAACGUGGGCCAGCUCAACGGGGGCGCGGACUCCGCCUCCACCACGCCCACCAAGACGCCCACCAAGUCGCCCUCGGCGAAUCGCACGGGGAGGAGGAACCAGGAAGCCAAAGAGGAGAAUUCUGACUUCAUUUGCCCCCUCUGUCAAAAGAACUGCCUGACCCAGCACCAGCUCACUAUGCAUAUCCGACAGCACAACUCGGACAACGGGGCGACGGACCACUCCUGCAGCAUCUGCGGGAAGGCCCUGAGCUCGGCCAGCUCCCUGGACCGCCACAUGCUGGUGCACAGCGGGGAGAGGCCCUACAAGUGCUCCGUGUGCGGCCAGACCUUCACCACCAACGGCAACAUGCACAGACACAUGAAGAUCCACGACAAGGACCCCAACACAGCCCUGCCCUCCAGCCCCCCCUCGCCCACCAAGCGACGGCGGCCGUCCGCCAAGAGGAAGCCCAGCCUGGAGGGCGAGGGAGAGCGGGCAGACAUGCCGCCCAGCAAGAGGGUACCGGAGGACAUCCUAGCCGACGAGCUGGACCAGGUCAAGGCCGAGGAGGAGCCGCUCCCCUGUCCCAUCUGCUUCAAGACCUUCGCCUGCAAGCUGGACCUGGAUUCCCACAUCGACUCCCACCCAGACUCCACGCUCAGAUGCGACCUGUGCUGCAUCAGUUUCCGCACGCACCGCAGUUUGCUGCGUCACAACGCCGCCAUCCACAAAAAGCUGCCCACCGACCCCGCCGGGCACCCCUUCAUCCAGAACAACCCCUCCAUUCCCGUGGGCUUCAACGACCUGGCAUUCAUCGACUUCUCCUGCCGCAAGUUCCCCCACAUCGCCCAGGUUUGGUGUGAGACCAACCUCCGACGAUGCACCAGCAAGUUCCACCGGUUCGUGUGCGAGACCUGCAACAAGGCCUUCCCCUUGCAGUCCGCCCUGGACUUGCACGCGGCCACACACGGUCCCGAAGAGUCGCCCCCGCCCGUGGACACACCCGCGGACACGCCCCCCGACGCGGGGCAGGCCGGCUUCCUGGAGUCCCUGGGCCUGCAGCACAGCUCCCGGGUGAAGAGCGUGCUCAGAGAGGAGGAGGCCCGGCAGGCGGAGCUGGACAGCAUCCGGGUCAUCCACGUGGAGCCUCCCAAGUCCAACCUACCUCAGGAGGCGGGCUGCCUCGGCGGGCUGGGCUUCCCCGUGCUGGACCCCGCCUCCCUGCAGGGCCUGUCCCAGAGGGGCGGCCUCAGCAUCCUGUCCCUGCAGCCCUUCCAGAAGGGCUUCGUCCUGCAGCCCGACAGCGGCGCCGUGGUCAAGCCCAUCUGCAGCGAGGGCAUGGAGCUGGCCGACAUCCAGCAGAUCCUGAGGAUGGCCUCGGCGGCCCCCGCCCAGAUCACCCUGCCGCCGCUGUCCAAGGCCCCCUGUAGCGCCACGCAGUCCAGCUAUAAGCAGAUGCCCCAGCUGAAGCCAAAGCCCCUGGUGGCCCCCCGCACCAGCCUGGCCGCCUCCACGCCGCCCCCCCUCAUGAAUGCCCAGCAGGCCUCCCCCGGCUCCAUCAGCCCCAGCCUGCCGCCCCCGCCCAACCAGCUGAUCAAGACCCCCGGGGAGUCCUCCUCAUCCUCCUCUUCCUCCUCCUCCUCCUCUUCCUCUUCUUCUUCGUCCUCCUCGUCUUCGUUCAGCAGCCAGGACUCCAUGGAGAAGGCGCAGAUGGAGGCGGACUGCAUGGGCGACGCCCUGACGCCGACGGACUCGGACCGGCGCGGCAUCAAGCAGGAGGAGGCGGAGGAGAGGGACGCGGGCGGGAGGAAGGCCGGAGCCCGCAAGAACGCGUACCCCUGCCGCUUCUGCGACCAGGUGUUCGCCUUCUCGGGGGUCCUGCAGGCCCACAUGCGCUACCACCUGGGCAUCUCGCCCUACCAGUGCAACAUCUGCGACUACGUGGCCCCCGACAAGGCCACGCUCAUCCGCCACCUGCGCACCCACAGCGGGGAGCGGCCCUACGUCUGCCGCGUCUGCCACUACCCCUUCACCGUCAAGGCCAACUGCGAGCGCCACCUGCGCAAGAAGCACAUGAAGAGCACCCGCAAGGAGAUCGAGAAGAACAUCGAGUACGUGACCAAGGGCGACGGGACCCUGGACCUGCUGGAGUCGGCCAGCGCCGGGGACGCCACCUGCCGCUACUGCGGGGAGGACCUGAAGACCUACCGCGCCCUGCAGAUCCACCUGCGCACCCACAACGGCUGCCAGCGCAAGCCCUUCGAGUGCCGGCAGUGCGGGGCCGCCUUCCUGGCCAAGAGGAACUGCAUCCACCACCUGCUCAAGCAGCACCCCGAGGUGCAGGAGUGGGAGAUGGAGGACCACAUCGCCACCCUGCAGCCGGCCGCCGCCGCGGGGACGCAGAACGGGCUGCCCCCCGGCCCCGCCCCUCUCACGGUUAAGGUGGAGGACACGGGCUUCUACGCCGGCGAUCUGGACCAGCCCCUGGACUUCUCCAGCAAGAGCCGCGGGGUCGGGGGCGCGGGGGCCUCGCCGGGCGUCAAGAUGGAAGGCAUCCACCCCACCCAGCCGUCCCCCUACGGUUGCUCCAUGGAGCCCAUGGACCUGUCCCUUCCCAAGAGGCCGAAGAGAGAAGCCCCGCCCCAUGUCCAGACCGGGAAGGAGAUAAAGGUGGAGCAGCCCACUCCCGGCAGCGUGGACAUCCCUCGCCCUCUGGCCGUCCAGGCCAAAGACGAGGCGGAGAAACCCGCGGAGGAGAAGCCCCAGCGGUUAGCCCCAUACCAGCUCUCGCUCCCCGCGGCCGCCCCGCUCGCCAGCGCCCCCUCUGGCGCGGCUCGAUCCCAGAGGCUGAAGCCGCUGUUGCCCAAACCCGCCAUGGCGACCCUCAAGGAGCUCCCGCCGCUGGCCUCCAUCGCCCAGAUCAUCUCCUCGGUCUCCGCUGCCCCGGACCUGCUGAAGAGGGAGAGCAAUCCCAGCAGCCUCUGCAGCAGGGCGCCCGCCGCGGAGAAGAGCGCAAAUCCCAAAGGCCCUGCGGCGGACCCCGACCCGCCCGUCGCAGAGGAUGGCCUCGACGGGCCCGCGGAAGACCCCCCUCUGGACGGCUCCAAGAAGAGGGCUGCCAAGAGGCCCGCCCGCUGCAAAGAGCGGCCGGACUGCGGCCUGGCCGCCGCCGCCGGCGCCGCGGGAGACGGGCUCGACCUGGAGUCCAGCGGCGAGUUCGCCAGCGUGGAGAAGAUGCUGGCCACCACCGACGCCAACAAAUUCAGCCCCUACCUGCAGCCCGGCCCGGCCACGCCCCAGAAGGAGGAGGCGGCGGAGAGGGACGGCCAGAGCGAGGACGAGAAGGAGGGCCAGGACGACCGGCAGCAGCAGCAGCAGCAGCAGGCCAAGGGGAAGAAGAACGCCUACUCCAAUUCCCUGCAGAAGAUGACCUGCCCCUUCUGCCCCCGCGUCUUCCCCUGGGCCAGCUCUCUGCAGCGACACAUGCUCACGCACACCGGUCAGAAGCCUUUCCCCUGUCCCAAAUGUGAAGCCUUCUUUUCUACCAAGUCAAACUGCGAGCGUCACCUGCUGCGGAAGCACGGCGUGGCCAAUCGCACGCUGCGCCGCAACGGCGCCAUGCCUAGGCCCAGGGAAGCAGACGACGGGUCACGCGAGAGUGCAGAGAGCAUGUCGGAGACCGAGCUCCCAGCGGCUGAGGCGCUGAACGCGAGCGGCGGCGAGUCAGAGAAGAACCCGGCCACACCCACCCCCAAGGAGCAGACAGAGCCGGGCCCCGUGGAGCAGCCGGGCCACCAGGGGGAGACACCGAGCCGGGCUGGGGCCGAGCCCGAGGAGAACGAGGACGACGACUCGCAGAGCAACAAGAGCCUGGACCUCAACUUCGCCAGCAAGCUGAUGGACUUCAAGUUCUCCGAGGGCGAGCAGCACCAGCAGCCGACAGCAGGGGGCAGCGCGGCGCCCGCUAGCGCCGCUGCGCAGGAGCCCAAGCACACCUGCAGGAGCUGCAAGAAGAGCUUCCGCUACGCCACCACCCUGGCCCGCCACGAGAGGGCGCACCUCCCGGAGGGCGCGGCCGAGCUGGUCAGGAAGGUGACGCGGCGCUCGGCGGAGGCCAGCCGAGCCCGAGGCCCCCCCGCGGAGGAGGAGCCCGAGGAGGAGGAGGCGGAGGAGGAGGAGGAGGCGAAGAAGGGGGCGGCGGCGGAGAGCGAGGGGAACGCCAGCGGGGCGGACAGCGGCUCGGAAGAAGAGAAGGAAAAGGAGGAGAAGAGCGACGAGGAGGGCGGGGCCACGGAACCAAAGAGCGGCGACGGGGAGCCGGGGGGCGGGGCCGGGAGCAAAGCCGACAAGAGGAAGAAGAUCUGCAACGUGUGCAGCAAGCGCUUCUGGUCUUUGCAAGACCUGACCCGACACAUGCGCUCUCACACAGGUAGAAAUGGCUGCUGUGCCUUCAUCGCCGUGGUGACCGCUCUGUCCUCCUCAGGUGAGAGGCCCUACAAGUGCCAGACGUGCGAGCGGACCUUCACCCUGAAGCACAGCCUGGUGCGGCACCAGCGCAUCCACCAGAAGCCCCGCGAGGAGGAGGAGGAGGAGGGCGAGGGCGAGGGGGAGGAGGAGGGGGAGGGGGAGGGUGCGGAAGCAGCGGGCGGGGCCGCGAACGCCACCGGCGACGAGGAGGGAGGGGCCAGAGGCCACUCGGGCAGCGAGAGCGAAUCGGCGCCCGGCAGCACCAACCCCGCCUCCGCCUCCGCCUCCGCCUCGGAGAACGAGAACGACAGCGAGGCCACGGGCGGCUCCAGGGAGGAGGAGGUGGAAGAGGGGGAGGAGGAGGUGGAGGAGGAGGCCCAAAGCUCGGAGAAGACGGGGAGCCCGGAGCGGGAGGCUCCCGAAACGCAGCCAGGCGCGGAGCCCGCGGCGCAGCCCCCCCAGGAGCCCCCCACGGAGCGGCCUCCCGACCCGCCCGCCGACCCCGCCGCGGGCGAACCCUCGGACGGCUACAUCCAGGGUCGGCUGGAGAUCCACACCAAGCCCUCCCUGGAGCGCGUCCUGCCCGCCGGCGAAGCCCCGAUGGUGGGGCUGGAGUGAGGGGCGAGCCCCAGCGUGCCAUAUCACUCACCUUUCCAGCGCGACCCCUUUUCCCCGUGCCUUACUACUUUCUUUAUCAUAGAUAUUUGUAUCAAGUUACAUUUAUUGGAAAAUCUAAUUUUUUAAAAUAGCGUUUUAUGAUGAUUAUUUUUUUUUUGAUCUUUAUAGAAAUGAAAUUGAAAUGACAAAGCAUUGAUUUAAUGAAUGAUUUAAAGAUACCUGUUUGUAUGAUUAACUGAGAGUAAAAUAUAAAUAUGUAUUUAAACCACAGCUGUACUUAAAUCUGCAGAGGCUAAUAUGGCGGUUCGCGAUUAUGGGAUGGGGAGGUUAAGGCUUGAAAAUGAUAACAUAACUGGAAAUCACAACACAGAUACCCAGCGCGGAGGCAUUCGAAAGGCUGCCCGUGUUUUUCCUUUUUUUUCCUGGAAGAAAUUCCCGUGUCGACAAAUAGUGUGAUGCUUUUGUUUUGGAGCUGAAUGAGUUCUGAGCUAGUUUACCGGAGGAAGAGACAUUCGCGGAAGCCUCCGAAAGAAUUAAGGUAGUCCUAUGUGUGUUGUGAUUAUUCUCUUAUCAGAGAAAUGGGCAAUAUUUGCCUUGCUGUGCUUUAUUUUUAAUUCUGAACCGUGCUUAGCAACCAUCUUCCAGCUGAUUGGUGGGUGGCCCUGCAUGGUAUUAGGGAGAGGGUGGAGGAAAUUUGUGUUUCGAAAACUCAUUGGCUUAAACAGGGGGGCCCGGCUGAUUUGGCUGGAACACAAGGGCCCGCAGACCAGGGGACCCCUCUCUCCACGGCACCUUGUUCGUCGGCGAGCUCCUCCGCAGGGCCCCGGUCUCCACGGAGACCAGGAGGGGGGGGGGGCGUUAAAGCUCCUGAUGCAAAGCAAUACAAUCAAUCUCCAGCAACUCUCCCUCGGUGGAGGUGGAGCCGAGCGGUCCGCUAACCUUGAAGACGUCUUCCAGAACAUUAGUAUCUAAGUAAAGCCUUACUCUGAGCCUCUCUGGGGUUUCAGGGCAGGACUCUCAGCACAUUCUCUCUCUGUCUGGUGGAACACUACUCUACGGGGUUUUACACGGCGUACUUGAACUCUGCCACCCUGAAGUCUCCUGCGUGGCACUUUCUCACCCGUUGCCUUCCAGAAUAGCGCCACGGCGGGGCUUUCCGGAGCACAAUCGGAAGACCAUCUGCAGGGCUGUUUUUUUUUUUUUUUUUUCUUUUUUUAAUCGUUUUUGUUAUGUACUCUCUUUUAAAAAGGAACCUCAGAAAUAAACAAAUAAACCUCAAGGCAAAAAAAAAAACAAAAAAACUGUGUCUCCAAAUCUAGCGUCGGAUGGAGAGAGUGGAGGAUUACCGCUGACAGACGGAGGAAAGCGGAAGCGUUUCACACACCGGUCGGCAGCGUCUGGACAGACGACCUCAGAUCUGGCACCAACCAAAAAAUUUGAAAGCAAAAAAAAACAAACAAAAAAAAAAAAAAGGGAUUGCAACUAAAACGGGCGAACGAAAAGCAAUCAGCAAAGACGAAACGGAAGCAAUAAACCUAAAGCAAGUGUUAGAGCUGUGAGCAAAACGCAAUAUAGAGGAUGAACAAUGGGGUGGGGUGGGGUGGGGUGGGGAGGGGGGUGUGGAUAAAUAACAGGUGAUGGGGAAGCUGGCCCCUGAUUGGGCACAAGUCCACACUCUACACCAAUCGUUCUUCAUGUCGUGUGAGGCACAGGGCGUGGCAUUGACAUGGAUCGUAAAUGUGCAAUGAUAUAUGCUCAAGACUGUAUUUUGGUAAGAGAGAAACAUUAUGAAACCCAGCUUUCCCAUUACCUUUCCAUUUUCUUGUAUGUGUGCGUGUGUUUGUAGCUAUGGAUGCCCAUAAAUACAACGCACUGUUUUUAAUAUAUUUAUUGAGAACCCAGAGUGGGGGGGACGAGGUUACUUGAGGAGAAGCCAUGUAUUAUCACGUUUAUGCUGCAGAGAACAAGGAUUCAAAUAUAUGAAAUCGUCUCCCAGCUUCAACCUGGGACUACCAUUAGCAAUAAUCACUAUUGAUUCUAAAGCUUUAUGUAGAUCUUUAUUAUGUUUGUAGACUGUGUGGUCUAUUUUGUUAUUAGUUUGAGAAAUUAAUUUUUUUUGUUUUCUCCUAUAUAUAAAUACAUAUAAAACUGUGAAAUUCAUUAUGUGUUCAGCUAAGGGUGAAUCUUAGGCUAGUUUUGCAUGUUAAUCUAAUUUGUUAAUUUUUCUCGCUCUCAGGGCUUUUACAGAAUACAUAUUCAAUAUUUUUCCCUUUUGGUUCCUGAGUUGCAAAAAAAAAAAAAAAAACUUUUCUUCAAAUUCUAAAUUUCUACAAGGAAAAAUAAAACACCAAUCACUACAUUUAGCACUUCACUGUGAAUUCAAAUAAUCAUAUGAGAGAAAGAGAGCUCAUUCAUUCCCUUUAGGCAGACUGCUCCUUCUGAUUGGUUUAGCCGUAAUGUCGGUCUCGCCCAAUGACGAGGCUCCGUUUCUGUUCUCACGUUUGUUUUUCCCUCCUUUCUCUCGACGCCAGAAGGAAUGUUUGACUGAGGUAACGGAUGAAAUGGCCGCCUGUAUCACUGUUGAAGUUGUGUGACUUGCUGUUAAAGGGAACUGCUGCUACACCCACAGUGGACAGGUAAACAGAACCUGGUUUAGAACAAUUGAGUGCUUGGUACUCUGCUCCUCCUUUGUAUUACUGUGCUUCAGAUUGAGAAAUUUAAGCUGUUCUGUAUUGAUAUCAUUUAAGCAAUAAAGAUAUAUUAAGGAAGGGUGUGAAUCAAA